UUUUGUUUUCAAUGGCCGGCCAUGCAGGCAAAAACUUCAGUGGAAGUUAAAGGAGAAAUUUCACCGUCUACAUGCGUCUAUACGAGCUGUUACUGGUAUGUGACUAUCUUUAUACGUAAAUGUCCUACUCACAUACCCUAGUGUGGUAUAAUAUGCACAUCUUACGGCGCAAACGGAGAAUUUACAAGUUCAGAUGUCUGAAAAGCGCAAAAGCAUUUUGAUCCGUUAUGUCGUACGAAAUUUGUACAUUAGAAAAACUUGGCUUUUUGCAAGUUUUGUAGGGCAGUUAGGUCUCCGUAAUAUUUGCUUUAACGAACAUUACUUAAAAAGAUGAUCUCAAUUUGUUUUUCGGUUUUUCAAUGGUAUUGGUGGACACUUCUUUCGCGGGGUUUUCCCGGGCUGUGAUCCGGUUUAUAGAAUUGGUACAUUACAAGUUUUAUUGACCUUAAAACACAAACUUUUCUUUGAAUUUGCAAAAAAUAAUUCUAUUUCUAUCGAGUAAACAGAUUAUUCAAUAAGUAAGGUUUAUUGGAAAUUUAAAGGAAAAUUAUCGUUGUUGUAAAACAGUAUUUUGAUAAGGUCUUUUUUAAAGAUGUCUUUACGAUCGCACCGAAAUUAACUUUCACUGUUAUUUGCUUUCACAAGUUCAAGUUUUUAUAAUCCCAAUUCCCUUCCGAAAAGGAGUUAUGAAUUCAUAGGUAAAGAGAGAGAACGUUAAAGCUUGUUUCUAGGCGCGGCAAAGUGAAACUAUUAAAAAGUGCUUCUGACAAAUUUUUUUCCUGACGACUGUUAUCAAUGGAUUCUACAGUUAAAACUUAUCGGAUAUAACUAUUUAUAGAAAUAUGCUUUUUGAUGCUUUUGCAUUCUUUCUGUAUGACAAAUUUUCAAAAAGGUGCAGGGAGGUCACCUUGUGUCAUGUGAGUGAAACACAUGCUUGGCACUAGUGUUGUUGUUGGUCAUGGUUCAUCCCCAACUUUUUAAAAUGGUGUCCCACAAUGCAUUUCAGCUUUUGAAAGUCAAAGCAGUUCACACUGCAUGUGUCUGCAGACUAAAACUGGCAAACUGACCAAACUGCUGAAUGGAAGGCAGUUUUGUCUCUGUUUGUUUUGUUCACUUUAGUGAGAGGCUGUUCCUUGUAAAAUAGCAAACUUUUAGCUGCUUUUUUCGUGGUCCAAUGAUACUCACUGUAGGCAGCUUCUAAUGCAGCUAAAAGGGUUUGUCUUCCUUUUCUCCAACCUUGUUUUCCUUUCGAUUUUCAGUGCAUCCAGCACUCCCAGCAAGGUUAGCAUUUUCAGAAAUUGUGGGCUUAUUUCUCAGAAAUGCAGAUAUAUUUUCACUUUAUUUUCAUGAAUUAUGCUUUUCCAUUCCAUCCUAGAACCUUAGGUUUUUGCAGGUUGUUAGCUUAGUUUUUUUUCUACCUUUGUAUGUGCAAAAAGAAAAUAAUACAAUAUGUCAUGAUUUUUGACAACUGUGGGAUGGUUUUCUUUUUUCAGUGAAGAAAAUGUGUGGAAAUUAUGUGAGCAGAUAAAGGAGGAAAAAGAGCAAAGCCUGAAUGAAUAUUAUGCAGUUUUCAUUUCAAAUGAUAAGAGACAGGUAUGUUUUUUUAAUACAGUGGAACUCAACUAGUAUACAUACCAUUUUAUUUGGCCACUUUUUCAUUACAGGUACUUUGAUUUGUUCCAGUAAAAUGCCCAUAAAUGUUGUUACAUAAUAAAUUGAACAUCUGGUUACAAUGCAUUUUGAUGGCCAUUUAAUUGGCAACUAAAGUAAUGCAGUGAAAGUCAGCAAUUAAUUUUGGCAACCUGUGUUUUAAUAAGUUCAUGUUUAUGGUCUUUCUAAAGUUGGUCAUCAAUGGCUGGAAAUCAUUAUGCACCCAUUUCUUUCUAAUUCACUUCUCUCACUCUAACUGUCCCUGUGAAGCUUAAGAUAUGUUGUGGGCCUCCUAAUUUGACUGCAAUAGUUCUUAAGCCACCAUUUUUAUUAUAGCUUCUGUUUAGUGCUAAUCAUUAAGAAGCUGGUCAUGGAUUAUCAUUUAUGACAAAGCAACUUAACAGUAGUCCAUUUUAAUCCUCAAAAAAGAGAGUUUUCUCUUUUGCUAAAUAUCCCCCCCCCCUCCCCAUUCAAAGUUGGGAUAUGACAGAACAAUUAUGCACACAGACAUUAAUGUUUUUCUCAACAAUGGGUCAGGGCCGGGGGGAGGGGGGCGGGAAGGAAAAAAAGGGGUAAAAAAGCAACCUUCCCUACACUUUUGAUGAUGAAGGUUGAUUCUCAAGUUCCUGUGUUAUAAAUUAUUAGGGCUUAGGGAGACAAAGAAAAUUGAGAAUCAACCUAGGUUAAAGAAGUUUAACCUGUUUAUGAUUUGGACCUGUAACAGUCAUUUUAAUGGAUUUCCACUGUUUUGACAUGAAGAUAAAGAUUUGAUGACAAGUAGAUCAGUGUCUCUUUGUCAGUAUUAAUCAUUGAUCAUAACAUUUGCUACAAGUACCCUCUAGUUAUCCCUUUCCUUGUUAUAAUUAACAAGUCACUGCACUUACUUGGUGUAAUACAGGUUCCUUUAUGGAUGCAAAAAUCAGCAAAAGAACCAUUAGCUCCAGUAGUAUGGGUAAGUUGUCAAAUAGAACCCUGCGGGCUCUAGCUAUAGCAAUUGUGUUAAAAAAUAAUCUUGUCUUCCAAGAUUGUGUUGGUUAUUUCAUGAAAUAUCAAUUUUUAUCCAUGGUUCAAAUGUUAUAUUAAUUUUCAACCAAGAAAACAAAAAGUGAAAAUGUAAAAGUGAACAGCAACAUAAUUAUGAUAAUUGUGAAAAUGAUAUGAUCAGCAUGUCAAGAGCAUGGGACAUGGAAAAAAUCUGAAUCCCAGACAGGAUUCAAACCUAUGGCCUCCCGAACCCCAGGCGGGUGCUCCUGAGCUACAGAGAACUCAUGGAGAACAAGGCCAUGUACUAGGUUCAUAUUUGACAUGCGUCCUGUAUACUGCUAGGAUCAGCGAUGUCGAUGUUGCAGAAAUGAAAGGUGGUAAAUUUUAAGCUCGGUGAAACAAAUGUGAAAAUGACAUGAUCAGCAUGUCACGAGUGUGGGACAAAGAAAAUAUCUGAGUUCCUGACAGGAUUCUCAAUGCUUGUGACAUGGUGUUCAUAUCAUUUUCACAUCUCUCUCACCGAGCUUAAAAUUUUAUACCAUCUUUCAUUUCUUUCACCAUAUAAUUAUUAACACACUCAGAGUGCAAAUGAAGUUGUUACAUAGCUGUGGCAGUAGUGCUUCCUUCUUUUUCUGGAAAGAAUAUUCAUGCCACAUUUGGUUAUGAACACUUAAGUAGUCUAAUGAAAUCAUGCAGUUAAAAAGAAAAUAAUGGACUCAAUUUAGAUAAUCUUGGAUUUUUAGGAUUAUCAUGUUCUUUUACUACGAAAAGUGGAGGAGAAGAGUCUCAUUUAUGAUCUGGAUUCUAUCCUACCUUUUCCUUGUCCAUUUACUCAGUACGCUGAACAAGCUAUACAGAGUGACAGACGACUAAAAAAGCAAUUUCACAGGUAAGUUCCAGGCCCCAGAUCAAAAAGUAGAUAAAUAUUGCUCAAUCCACUGGAUAAAUUGCUAUCCAGAGGAAUGUAGAGCAAUUGAUUUUCCUAAUACUUUAUCGGUUGCAUAAUAAUUUAUCCAGUGUAUUGUGCUAUCCAACAUUUGAACUUCUGGGAUCAGUAUGUUAGUUGACAUAUUUCAUGAUGGAGACACGCACUUUGGUUUUGCAGUUGUGAACCUUACCAAAUUCCAUUUAAGGAUGUUUGGGGUUACAAGCGGGCUAGAUUCUAAAAUUCCUGGCAGUUUAAUCCAUGUGAAAGGUUUGAACCCAGGGGUCAUUUUCAAAAUUUAGGUUGAGUUUGAUUGUUGGGGUGAACGUAGUCCUGAAUAGGACUGUUGUUGUUGACAGUCACUGUCAACAACAACUGUACGACUGGCACUAUAACUUCCCUUAGUCACUGACUGCAAUGACAAACUGGUUAAAGUUUAGAAUGAGGGCUAGAUGUUAGACUCAAGACUACGGACCACUGUAGCAGUUAGGUUUGAUAGUAAGGAAACUUUUAAACAUUGAAUUCACGAGUACUUGUACAGGCAAAGUGCUAAGCAGUCUGUGGUAGUGUUAGGGUCAUUGUCUAUCACUGACUUUGGGAAUACUGACUGCAGAUGCAGUUUUAUUUUGACUCUUGCUAUUCUUUUGAAAAUUAAAGACAAAUAAUACUUACUGGUGACUUGAGAUUAUGUAGUACCUCAAACACCAGUUCAAAUUUUAUACUUUAGAUUGAUCAGUAGCAAGGAAUUCUAGAAUCCCUUCUGUAUAAUACGUAACUCCCACCUAUUAAGCAUUUAUAAUAUUAAUUUUCAUUAAAAACUUUCUUUCAGAAAAUUCAGAGUAAUACCAGCAGAGGUAUUUCUUCGGACCUUUGCCUCAGACCGGUCACACAUGAAGAAACCAAAUGGUGAAUGGAUCAAAACACCACCACCGUAUGCACCAAUCAGAACAGCAGGUACACCUCAUUACAUCAAAGCUUCAAUAAUUUUAUAAAGAGUCAAACGUUCAUGUGUGACCACCUCUCAUUAGCAACCACCUAUCAAAAACACCAAAAUUUUCUUAGGGCACUUACCAUUAGUCAGAACUGACUGGCCAGCCCAUUCCCAUUGUAAUGAGAAUAUCACUUUUAAUCAAAACUAACCACCCACAUUAGUCAAAUCCUAAAUAUUAUGCAGAAAGGAGAUAGUUUUUCAGCAAAACCUCUUGGAAAAAGCCUGUUUCAUUGCCAAAACGUCUGGUCCAGCCAUAGUCUGGCCGGCCAUUUCUGACUUUUGGAAAGCGCCCUUUAAUAGUCAAAGCCCUAUAAUUAGAAUCUCUCGUAAAUGAGCACCUCUCGUAAGCGACCUUGAUCACCUUUUGGGCUGACAGUUUUAUAGUUUUCCAUUAUUUUUAACGUCUUGUAUAAAGUGACCACUUGACGCAUGGUGGGCUCUCUUUGUAAUGUACUACACCUAGAGUAUAUUUUUUGACAACAUGGAAUGACAUGUACAUGUAUAUUGGGUAACUUAGAAAUAUCGCAUGCCAAAAAAUUAUCUGCGAAAAAGUAAAAAAAUAAUUAUUUGUUUCACUUAAUGCCUACCAUUUAAAUUCAGGGGGCAUAAGUUUUAUUUUUAUUACAAAAACGUUUGUAAAAUCGUUUUCUUCUUAGAAAUAGUAUGUUCAAAUUUUCCUCCUUUUAAAUGAAAAACAUGUACUCUUGAGUUUUAACCUUUCAGAAAAAUUAUGGUUGGUAAGGUUUUUAUUAACAGCACAAAUAGGUCAAUUGUAGUCAGUUACCUACUUUGCUUCAGUCCUACUGAGCCUUCUGCUGCUGACAGACAGAUGACUUACCUUCCUUGAAAACAUGGUUAUUAAUUGAAACUGUAGAUUUUUAGCUGAGUAAUAUUGUUUGGAUUGUUAUUUUUGUUUACAGAAAGCACAAUGAACCUUCAGGAGUUUAUAGACAUGACUGACGAAGGCGAGGGGCAAGUUAUGGACUACAAAACCUUCAUCAAAAGUUUUUCAUCAGCGGAUUAA